AUAAAGUUCAGGAGCGACACCGAAUUCUGGACUCUUGGAAGAUCCUUGACUAUGCGAUUGAUCCUGUGUUUUGGUGCCCUUUUGGGGCAUAUCUACUGUUGAGAAACAUCUGUGGGAGACCAAGUUUUUGAGAUCACACCAAGGAGUGAAGAACAAAUAAAAACUCUGGUGGAAUUGGAGGCUGAAGAACAUCUUCAGCUUGAUUUCUGGAAAUCACCCACCAUCCCAGGAGAGGCAAUCCAUGUCCGAGUUCCAUUUGUCAGCAUCCAGGCAGUCGAAGUUUCCUUAAAGUCCGAGAGAAUUGCUUAUUCCAUUGUGAUUGAAGAUGUUCAAGUUCUCUUGGACAAGGAGAAUGAAGAAAUGUCUCAGAGAAGAGAACAGAAUGGUAACUUCAACUUUGAGGCUUAUUAUACCUUGGAAGAGAUUUCCUGAGAAAUGGAUAACCUCGCUGCUGAGCACCCUGGUCUAGUGAGCAAAGUGAACAUUGGCUAUACUUUCAAAAACCGGCCCAUAAACGAGCUCAAGUUCAGCACAGGAGGAGACAAGCUCGCUAUCUGGCUAGAGGCUGGGAUCCAUGCCGGUGAGUGGGUUACACAAGCUACUGCACUGUGAACUGCAAAUAAGAUUGCCUCUGAUUAUGGAAAUGACCCAUUCAUCAUUUUAUUGGAUACGAUGGACAUCUUCCUGCUGCUCUGAUGGCUAUGUGUUUUCUCUCAAACAAAGAAUCGUAUGUGGCAGAAGACCCGGUUCAAGGUGUCUGGAAGCCUCAGUGUUGGUGUUGAUCCUAACCGGAACUGGGACGUGUGUUUUGGAGGACCUGGAGCCAGCAACAACCCUUGCUCUGACUCAUACCGUAGACCCAGUGCCAAUUCUGAAGUUGAAGUGGAAUCCAUAGUGGACUUUAUCAAGAGUCCUGGAAAAGUCACGGCCUUCAUUACCUUCCACAGCUGUUCCCAGCUGCUGAUGUUCCCCUAUGGGUAUACAUGUGCCGAGUCACAUAAAUUUGAUGAGCUGAAUGAAGUGGCCCAAAAGGCUUCCCAGUCUCUGACAAGCCUGCACGGCACCAAGUACAAAGUGGGACCUGUCUGCUCAGUCAUCUACCAAGCCAGUGGAGGAAGCACUGACUGGUCCUAUGACUCUGGAAUCAAAUACUCAUUUGAAUUUGAACUGGGAGACACAGAUCGAUAUGACUUCCUCCUGCUGGCCAAUCAGAUCUUACCCACAGUGAAAGAGACCUGGUUUGGCUUGAAGACAGUCAUGGAGCAUGUGCGAGACCACCCCUAUUAA